AUGCCGCAAAGCGCGCCAAUAUGUCACAAUUGUACAAAGAAGUACAGCAAAGACCCACCCACAAUACCCAUAUUGCUGAACUGUGGGCACACCUACUGUGAGGGCUGUAUCACCAGGUUUGGGAGACUCAUCAAGGGGAAGGGAAAUAUCACAUGUCCAGACUGUGCAGAAUAUCACUACAUAGAGAGUCUAAAGAGCAUCAAGCAGCUGCAGAUAAAUGCUCAUAUCUACGGUAUCAUUACCGCCCCUAACAGAAGAACUGAGAAUGCAGUCGACGCAAUGGUGCAACACAAUGAGCUGGCCACCAAGUUGACAGAUCUGGCAAGACAGCAGAGUUCAGAUGAAGAAGAAUCAGAGGUGGAGGAUAAGGACGACUAUACACCCUGUUGUGAGUGUAAAGGCAGGUCUUCUCUCCAGUGCAAGAACUGCGGGUCCCUGCCCUACUGCACUGCAUGUUCAGACAAAGCACACAAACUAGUAGCUUUGCAGAGCCAUCGUCCGGAGCUUAUCAAACCUAAAUCACUGUUUGAUCAAUGCCAGUUCCAUCCAGAUGCUAUUCCUACACAGUGCCUGGAGCAUGAUGGUAAACCUGUGUGUCCUCAGUGCCCCUCAACAGGGGAAACAAUCGACUUGGUCUGUGAGCCGGAUCAGAUGGACGAUCUUAUCCAGAAACACAACCUAGCUCUAGAGAAAUUGGAGGAAACUGACCAGAACAUCGCCACAGAUCUUAUACCCAUGGUAGAGCAAGACUUUCUGAGACUGAAGUCAGAGGUGCGAAAGGAGUUUGGUUAUUUUCACGGUGUAUUGCAGGCCAGAGAGCAAGCUUUGUUGGGUGCUCUUGAUGACGCACAGUCAAAAACUACGGAGCCUCUUUUAAAUUACAGAUCAGAAAUAGUGAAAACGAAAAAGACUGCUCGUAAAAAUUUCAACUGGAUCCAGCGCCACAAAAAUUCAAAGAAUGCACUGAUUGAAAAGCAGUCUGAGGUUCAGACCAUCAAGAAAGGGAUAGAAAGUAUGAAAUGUUCGCUGAUCGUACAAAGUGAGAAACGACCCACACUCUCCACUAAAAAGGGAAUGUUAUCGCAGUGUAUAAACGAAUUUUGUAAACUCAACAUUGACGACGUUCACAAUUAUAAUAUGGAUACAGUUAACUCGACAGUGGCUAAGUAUAACGAGGAGAAAUAUGACACCCACAGCAGGUGUCAUUGUUCCCCCUCCAGUGGAGAAUGA